AUGAUAACGACGCGUUCGCAUCCACCUCUCCGUCUCGCCCGUCUCUUCGUGCUCGCGUGUAGCGCCGCGUUCGUGCUCCAAGUCCGCGCGAAUUACCCAGUUGUGCGGUUUCGCAACGGCACCGUGGGCGUUCGGAGCGACGGCGAAGUGCACGUGCAAAGCGACGAGUUUUUAGUCAACGGGCAUUUGCGGGUGUCGGGAAGUCUGUACGUGAACGAUACGGAUGUUGAAGUGUACGAUGUUCGAGUGACGAACGUGGAGAAUACGUUAGGUAUUGAUCCGGACUCGUUUACUUCGUGCUAUAGUGGAGCGUCCGCGGCGAAUUUCCCGAGCGCGUUGACGCAUUGGAUUGAUUUUUCGAACAGUUAUUACGAGGAUACGUUCGAAUCUGGGGCGAUGAUGAAUUCAGCCGUUGAUAUCGUGAAUAAUGCGUCCGGUAUUGAAAUUUUUGGAGACGUGGAGUACAUGCACGGUGUUCAUCUCGGAAACGGCGCGGCUUUCUUCAACGACGUGAAUUCGGCGAGAGGCGUGAGGUUUGGGACUACCAAGCUAGGGAAGAAUCCCGAGAUUAUUAUCGCGUAUAAUCAGAUUGGGUACAUGGAGAAAGGGGUCAUUUUAGGCGACUAUUCGACUGAUGAUCCCUCUUACCAGUUCGGGACGCGCGGGACCGGGAAUAAUAAGGUUGGGAUGAGCGCCGAUAACAACGCCAACAUGGGGACAGUCGAGGCAGACUUUGACAUGUGGCACGUAGCAGAUGUUUAUUAUGGCAAUACCGAUGGCUUUCUCAAUAUUGAUAACGAUCCAAGUUUAAACAAGUCGUUCAGCAUCAGUGGUCGGUAUGACGUGGACGCAAUGAGCGAGCCGCAUAUUGGCGGAGUAAAUGUGGAUUCCGAACACAUGCACGGUCUCGUCGGCGAAGUCCUGUAUUUUAACCAGAGACUCAGUCCCACCGAACGAGAGAGCGUGAUGGCAUACAUGAUGGAAAAGUGGAUCGAUGGUUCAUCCGCCAGCGGAAGCACCUCGCAGUGUUCGACAACCAUCAACGAAGACGGUUCCGUCAACUCGCCGAGUACAGUCGUUACCGCCAUCGCGGAGUCCAUCAGACGUCUGACGCCGAUGGCGUGCGAACCGCCCGGCGGGGCUAGGUUAUAUUUCAACGGCGAUGAUUUUGUCUGCGAGUGCAACGAAAAUUACGUCGGAGAAUCGUGCACGGAUUUACAAGACGGACGAUAA